GCGUCUUGUUCCAAAUUUCAAAUUCCCUCGGCGACGAGGUCGAGGGAGAUGAGCCGAACAUUCGAGCUUAUUUUUGGUUUUGAAGAUUCGACUCCUAAAGACGUGGAAGAGCUCGUCGACGAGAACGAAACCCCUCAAGAGAUAGAAGGGAAGGAGCAGGUUGAAGAAGAAUCUCAGGAGGAACAACGGCGACAACAAUGGCACAAAAGGACAAAGAGAACUUCAGCCUACGUUGCUGUAUUCGAAGAAAUCAUGAACGAGAUAAUCGACCAUGAAUUGGAGCUGCUGAGUGACGAGGAAAGACGGAUUUUGCGAGCAUUUUCGCAACUGCCUUACCUAUCAAAGUAUACUCUGAGCCGAUUACUUCAACGAAACCCCGGUCAAUGGCACCCAAUCUCAACGAUUGAGAAAUUCAAGAAAGAAACCGGUGAACAUGGUCUACUGGCAAGCGUUAAAGACCUCUGCACGCUAUCGGUCUCACGACUUCUUUCGAGUUCAGUCAAGAAGGAACCCUCAUGUUCCGAACCUCCAGCACACGAAGUAAUUGAUCUCACGUUGGAUUCGGACGACGACAACGAUUCGGAACCCAUUCCUGCUGGCAGGUCCGAUGCAUCUACCUUGAAACUACAUUUCGACUCAAACAGCUGGUUUUUCUGUGACGACGAAUCCAAGUUGGAGUUGAAAGAAGCUCUUCAUAGGCUUACAACUCCGGAUCUACACGCCCUUGCUAAAGAUUUCAAGUGUACUAAAUCUGGCAAAUCCAAUAAAGACGAUGUCAUUAUUGCGCUACUCGAACACGCUCGAGGGCAAACCGUUAUUUCUUUGGCUCAAAGUACUCCCGACCGAAAAGGCAAAGGGACAGCGAAGGACUGCAAUGAUCUCAAACAAACUACCCUCAAGGGUUUCCUCAAACCCAAAGCACAUUGUCGGAACCAAGAGCAGAUAUUACUCAAGAGAGCUGUGGAUAAGCUUGGCAAAUGUGUGCGGGUCAAUCCACAGUUUUACCGCCUUGCCAUACGACUACAUAUAAUAUAUUAUCGGAGCACGGAAAUGCCACCGAAGCCCUUCACUCCAUCGCUCUUGGCAACGUUCAAGAAACGGUUUUAUCCUCAAUAUACCCAUAAUCGCAGUGUCAUCUGGCCCACCCGAGGCGGGUUCGUCGAAUACGAGCGAGCACUCCAACUACAACAACUGAUGUCGGAAGCUGAGAUUACAGAUCCAGAUUCGGAUAUGGAUUCACAUCACCACAACCCGGGAAAAGGGAAAUGGAAGAAAAAAGAGAAAGAGAGUGAAAAGGAUGGAGAAGCCAAAGGAGAAACGAAAGCUGCUAUAAGAUCCCGGGCGAUACUAGAGAUAUUUGAAAAAUCUCAGGUGGAGGAGUUGUGGGAUGCCUGUUCUGCCGCUGAAGGAAUGAAAUGGUACAUAGCUAGAAGACCAGAAUUGGAAAGAUUUCAAUCCGGUCAUAUCCUUACGCGCUUGAUGUACAAAGCUGCAGCUGCUUGUGGUCCACUUCGAGAGUAUGACGAAGAACUUCGGUUGUUGAAUAAACUUUUAGGACAAAAGUUUUGGCGGAGGGGAAAACGUGCGGAGUGGUAUCGACGCAGAGCGGUCGUGAUGACUAAGAAAAACGAUAAACCGGUACUUCAGCAAGCGUUAGAAGGGAUAGAAGAGGCGUUGCAUGAUCCUGAUACUCAUCUCGUGCUCCGACCAGAUCUGUUCGAACGGUACAAAAAACUCGAAGCACGACUUAGAAUUCCCGAACGCUUGCGGAGCAAAGUGGAACACGAGUUGCGAAAGCCGGUUUCUGUACGGUUUACUGGCCACAGAGUGUAUUCAACUCAAGCAACGCAACCAUUAAAGCUGAAAGUCCCAGCUUCUGGUUCUGAGGAUGCGGGUGGAGGUGGAAGUAGUGUGAACGCAGAAUUGACUUCGUAUUUUACGAAGGUACCUGUACCAAUCGACACAGAAAAGGAGGAAGCAGCAAGGUUGGUUUCAGAGGCCGCUAUGCGUUCCACGCCGAAAUGGGCAGGAAAGUCAAGAUGGCGAGGUGAGGGAGGUGGGGAGGUUACCGUUGAGGAAUUGGCUCUGCAAUAUUACGCGAAACGGGGUUAUAACGGCUUCCAUUCCGAAACUAGAAUCCUAACAACGGUGUUUUCCCUCCUCUUCUGGGAUGUCCUCUUCGCAAAUAUACCUGGUGCAUUCGAAACCAGAUUCCAAGCUGGCCCACUUGAUCUCGCUGAAGACUCGUUCUAUUAUGCUAGGAAAGACGCGAUUGAACAGAGGUUAAAGGAGAUCCAAGAGGGAUAUGCAAGGAAGAUCGUGGAGAGGCAUGAUACCCUCUAUCGCGGGCGGAAUACGUUAUGUGUGGGUGUCAGAUGGGACGUUUGUUCCCCGGAAGAUUUGUUGGAAGCGGUUGAGUGCCUCAAAACCGAGACGUUGAUAAGCAUCUGCCGCUUAUUUUGUGAAGACUAUGCUGCCCGAGCACGUGGAGUACCGGAUCUGUUCGUUUGGGACUAUGGAAAACGGGAAUGCAAGUUUGUGGAAGUGAAAGGUCCGGGGGAUAGACCAUCUGAGACGCAAAAGCUCUGGUUCGACACACUUCUUGCCGCUGGGGCGGACGUUGAAAUUUGCAGUGUCGUCGCGCUGACGUUCAAAUCCGUGAACAGUAAGAAGAGGAAGAUGAAAGGGACGGAGAAGGUAGAAAGACCCCCCGAGCAUGCGGAAUUCAAGGAGGAGGACGAAUAUCAACCAGAGUUUGAUGGCGAUGAUUCGGAGGAGGGAGGUGGGCAUUUAACACCAUCGUCAUCACGGAGGUUGCGGUCGGCGACGUUGGUGCGGGAUAAUAUUGAAGUCGGAGAAAAGGGUGCUCACGGGGUUGAAUCUACGUCUCAACCAAGGGCGUUAUCCGUGAAGUGGCAUUUGGAGGUGGAGGUGAACGCCGUGGUGUCCCCAGCCCCAAGUCCUCGGAAGAAGCACAAGUAUAUGUGAUCUCCGUGGUGUUCAGCUUUUUUCAUCUUAUUCCUUUCUGAUCUUUUUUUUCGAGGGUUAUCUUUAUUCAUCUAUUUAUCAUGUUGUUCUAUAAUGUAUGCUGUUACUACCCUCCAUGACGACGCAAGGACACCGUUUAUUAGAAUCUGAAGG